UGAUAUUUACUUAUCAACGUGUGGUUAUCUCAUGGUAUGUUACUACACAAAUUGGGCACAAUACAGACCGUCACCAAUGAAGUUUUUCCCAGAAGAUGUAGACGUAUCGCUUUGUAGUCAUAUUAUAUAUGCUUUUAGUAGAAUUGAAAACGAAAAAAAGUUGGACUUAUUUGAGUGGAAUGACGAUAAAAUGUAUGCACGAAUUAUGGAUUUGAAGAAAGUUAAUCCGAAAUUAAUGAUUUUGUUGGCAGUUGGUGGGUGGAAACAUGAAUCUGGUACAACUUCGCCAUUUUCAAUAAUGGUAAAUAACGAUGUAAAUCGUAAAAAGUUUGUCAAAUCGGUUGUGAAAUUACUCAGGAACUAUAAAUUUGAUGGUUUUGAUCUGGAUUGGGAAUUUCCGGGAGGAAGAGGUAAUUCACCAGCAAAAGAUAAACAAAUCUGGAUUGAAAGAUUUGUUAAACAAAGUUAUUGCACCAUUAUAUUGCAUCAUUAUAUUGUAACAUUAUAUUUCAUUUAUUUAAUGAUAAUUUUAAAUAAUAUUUCUUUACUUUUGAGGUUUACCGUUCUUGUAAAAGAACUUUCAGUUGCAUUCGAAAAAGAUGCAUUGGAAAGCGGAAAACCGGCUUUGCUUUUAACGGCUGCAGUUGCUUCAGCGUACGAUGUAGUUGAUGCUGGUUAUGAAGCUAAGGAAUUAAGUAAAUAUUUACAUUUGCUACAUAUUAUGGCUUACGAUCUACAUGGAACUUGGGAUAAAGUGACUGGACAUCACGCUGCUCUUAAAUAUGACGGAGGUAAAUCUCCAAAACGAAAAGAAUACACAGUUGAAUAUGCAGUUGAACACUGGAUUAAGAAAGGUUUUCCUCCUAGUAAAAUUACUUUAGGUCUUGCUACUUACGGAAGAUCUUUUUAUUUAGAAGAUGAAGAUGAUCAUGGAUUGUCGGCGGAUAUUGAUAUUUCCAAAAAAGAUGAUUUAGCUCCAAAAGGAGCAUUUACAAGAGAAGCAGGAUUAUUGGCUUACUACGAAAUUUGUUCAAUGGGGUUGACUGUUAUUCAAAAUAAUAAAGCCGGUGCUCCUUACGGCUAUAAGAAAACAGUUUGGGUUUCUUACGACGAUGCAAUUAGCUUGACAAACAAAUCCCAAUUAAUUAAAGAUAAAAAAUUAGCUGGCGCAAUGUUUUGGGCGUUGGAUAUGGAUGAUUUCAAUGGUAAACAGUGCGGACAAGGACGAUAUCCUUUAUUAUCGGCCGUAAAAACUGCUUUAGGUGGUAAAGUCAAAACUGAAAAUUUAAUUACAGAAGAAACUCGUUCAGGAGAGAUCGUAAUACCAAAGCCAAUGUAUAAUGGAAAAUGCUACGCCGUUGGGCUUUGGAAAGGAUAUCCAGGAAUGGAUAUAUGGUGUUUUAUUAAUUGCCCAAAGGGAGUAUGUCCAGUCUGCGCGUGCGCUUGUUAAGUUUUUUUACAUGUUUACAUGCUCCUACAAACUCUUGACAUAGAUAUUGCUUAGAAAAAUAUUUAAUUAUGAAUAAAGAUUAUAUACUUUUAUAAUAUACAACUGAUAUUAUUUGAUAUGUCACUUAAUAAAAGACUUUAUAAGAAAAAAAACUGUUAUUUAAAGUUAUUUUUGUUACAA